AUUUCGGAGGUAUCGUGAGACCUGACGGGCUCGUGCUGCAGUCUGUGUCGCUGCUGAUCUGUUCGUGGGUUUGUUGUGUAAAUUUCCUGCGUGAUGUUCGGCUGUCCUCCACGGGAGGACCGGGAUUAGUCCACACGUCCAGCAGAGGAGAGGACAACAUGGCGGCUGCAGAAGGUGUCAGCCUUCCCACUCCCACGGAGGAGAUGAACGGGGCCGGGACGCUCAUGGACUUCCUGGACGAGCCGUUCCCCGACGUGGGGACCUACGAGGACUUCCACACCAUCGACUGGCUGAGGGAGAAGUCCAGGGACACGGACCGGCACCGAAAGGUUCUGGAGGGCUGGGUUCGGUGCGUGGGGGCGAUGCUGACCCGCUCACCGUGUGCGUGUUUGCAGCCAUGAGCAGUGCUGCUGGACCUCCAACCAGACCACCUUCGCCGACCGGGACAAGUGUCCGCAGUGGCAGAAGUGGGCCGAGCUGAUGACGGGCCACGCCGAGGGCGCCGGGGCGUACCUGCUGAACUACUUCCUGUACAUCCUGUGGGCCCUGCUGUUCUCCUUCCUGGCCGUGUCGCCGGUCCGAGUCUUCGCCCCGUCCGCCUGCGGGUCGGGGAUCCCGGAGGUACCGCGCGCCCUGAGGUCGGCGGGCGGUUCGGGUCGGCGCUGUAACGUUGUGUUCCGGUCCGCUGCAGAUCCAAACCAUCCUGAGCGGGUUCAUCAUCAUCAUGAGUCCAGACUUUCUCCUGAGGAACAAGAUUCUUUCUUUAACUCCUUUAGUGGCUCAGAAACAUUUGGUGAGCAAAACCAAAUAUUCUGUGACUCUCCAAUCAGGCCUGAUGAAAUGAAAGAAGCUGUUAAUAAUCUGAAGUCCAAUAAAUCUCCUGGUUCUGAUGGGCUUCCAGCAGAACUUUAUAAGAUGUU